CUGUAUAACCUCGCCCCCCCCUCUCUCUCUCUCUCCCCAAACCCAAACCCCCUCCCCAAACCGGACUCCAUAUCGCUGUCCCAACGCGAACCCACCUCUCUUACGCCAAACGUACGUCUAAUUUUGCCGGAAGGGAGACACACAUACACAAAAGAAGAGUCAAACUUCAAAAGUACAAUAGGAAGGAGUAGCUGCAUCGGAGAAGUUUUCCUUCUUUGCCCCCCAGUUUUUGGCCCCGUGGCGGGGCAGGACAGCAAGGGCAGGCCGGGGGGAGGUAAAAGGGGACCGUAUGAUGUGGAUCUGGUACCUUCUGCUUGGUUCGGGGUCAUGCUCAAGAACUGUUGAGAGCCAGCUGCUUCCAGGGAAUAACUUCACCACCGAGUGCAACAUCCCUGGAAACUUCAUGUGUGGAGAUGGGAAGUGUGUCCCGGGCGGGUGGCAGUGUGACGGAUUGCCCGACUGCUUUGAUAAGAGCGACGAAAAGGGCUGUCCUAAGGUCAAGUCGAAGUGCGCUCCUACCUUCUUCGCCUGCGCCAAUGGCGUCCACUGCAUCAUUGGACGCUUCCGCUGUAACGGCUUCAGCGACUGUCCUGACGGGAGUGACGAGGAGAACUGCACAGGGAACCCGCUGGUGUGCUCGGAGUCUCGCUUCAAGUGUCGAAACGGCCGAUGUGUAGACCGCAGCUUCCUGUGUAACGGUCAGGACAACUGCCAGGACAACAGUGACGAGGAGCUCUGCCUGACUACAGCGGAAGCUCCUGGCCAGGACUUUGUGACACUGGACUACCGACUUCGCUACUACCCCAGCAUCACCUACGCCGUCAUUGGCAGCGCUGUCAUCUUUGUGCUGGUGGUGGCAUUGCUGGCCUUGGUGCUCCAUCAUCAGAGGAAGCGGAGCGUCCUGCUGCCCAGAGGCGUAAGAGGGGGCUCGCAUCACCACCACCACCAUCACCAGCCCCUGCUGCUGUCCCGUCUGGUCAUCUUGGACCGUGGCCACGUCCAUCCCGGGGGUCCAGGUCUCUCCCCCGGCUCCCCCACUGCAGCAGGUCAAUACAGCUCAACUCCUCAGUCGCUGCAGCUGCUGUCUGGGACCCUGUAUCCCUCCGGGCUCUCCAUGGACUCACCUCCAUCGUACUCACAAGCUGUUCUGGAUGUCAGCCGACCUCCCUGGUUUGAUCUCCCUCCUCCUCCAUACCUCCCGGAUGGGGAGCUUCCAUCAGAGGGCGAGCUGCCUCAGUACGAGGCCCCACAAGAUCCUUUGAGCUACCCUCCAGCGCAGCCCACUGCACCCUCCACACCCCGAUCUGUGGCCUCGGGCACACAGCCAAGUGCGAGCUCCAGAGAAGAGUCGGACCAGCUGUAGCCCCUCUCUUGUAGACUGGUAAUAGUUAGAACUCAUAUAGGACUGAAGGACCGGGCUGCAGGGCUAAAAUGAGGCCAGGACAGUCCACAACAAAGACCUGCUGAGGAGAUCUAACAGGGACCGAGGGACUAAACAGCGUCUUCAACUUGCUUCCCACAUAUGGGCUUACUGAAGCACUGGACGAAGACCAGCUUCUCCUGCUAUACUGAUCUUGUAUGCUGGCUCCCCCUGCUGGGCUCAUGGCUGCACUACACCUUAAUCAGUUACACUUUAUCAUUUGUCAUCAGUUCAGUGCAGCUGAAUUAUGUUCCCCUUGAAGAAGCACUGCAUGACGAUACAGUGACUGCAAUCUUUGUGUCCAAAGAAGUAGGAGUAAACUGCCAUUUGUUAACAUAUCGAAUAGGAUGAUAGCAAAAUGUGGCAACACCUGAAAUGGCCAUUGUGUUAUGGUAUAAUCAAGCUAAUGGGGUGUUAUUCUCUUCUGUGGCAGCACUUGGAGAGUUGAAUAAAAAUCAUGCAGCAUUUUGUCAUAGUCCUCUCUGUACUUAACAUAUCGUAUCUACAAUAUUUUCCAUAGUAAGGUUUAUAAGAGAUUUUUAUGGUGUUCGAAUUGUAAAAUACCAGAAUAUUAGAUAAAAUCCGUACUGUUGAGAAUUACUGCUACAUUUGGUGACUUACUGUACUUAGAGAACUUUAGAAAUGACAUGUCGUUGCCUUACUUUAACUGAAGUUUAUACAAUUUUAAGAUUUAUUCAAAGUGAAAACAGUACAAUGAUGCUGUGUAAGAUAUUUAAGAAUUAACACGUGCUGUUAUGAUAAAUAAGAGCAGCCCAGUCAGAGGUACUCAAAAAGCUCAAACCUGUCUCUUCACUGUUGAUGUGAAGCGAUGUCAACUGGCCGGUAAAAAAACAAACAAACAAAAAAAACCCAUAAUGUUUUCUAUCUUUUUUUAGUUGGUACUUAAAGCUUGAGAAAUUUCUAAAAGACCGGAAAGUUUUUGUUCUUUUUUUAAACACAUUUUUUUCUUUUUUUUUUUUGGUUUGUUUUCUUUGUCGUCAUUUGGUUAAAUUCCAGCUAUGACAUAAAUGUGAAUAGGACCAUUGAGAUUUUGUUAAAUAAUUCUAGGCAGGGAUUAUACUGUAUGUAUAUAUCUUUACCGAGUGAGUUUCAUAAAUCAUUCCUGUGAGCAAAAGAAACACUUCUGCUGGAAAAAAUAAUAUUGUUUUAUUACUUUUCUGUUUGAAUAACAGACCAAUAAUGUUUUCAUGUAAAAACAAAAAGAAGUAAAUAGAAAGGAUUUUGUUGAGGUCUUAUUCUGUACCACUUUGGCCCUUAGUGCCUUUAUAUAUGAUAUGUUUUUGGUCACAAAUAGCCUAAGCUAAGUACUGCAGCCUGAUCUGAGAUUUAACAAUAAGCUCACAUGACAACAAACAUUUAAGAUUAUCUCAUUUUACAUCAGGUUGUUCAAAUUCUGCUUGAGGUUUGUUAAUGUAUAUAACUUUGGCUGUGUGUCGUUCAGGAAAAUCAUCCUCGGAAGUAUUAAACAAUGACUGAUGAAAUCCACAUCUGAAGGAUCUGUGCUAUAAAUGUGCUAUUAUCUUUUGACGUUUGUUCACUUCAAAGUGGUUUGUUUGACACCGUACAUAGGAGACAGGAAAGUAAAGAGAUCUAUUUAAAAGUAGAAAACUGCGUAGAGCUUAAAGUGAGAGAUAAAUGUGUAACAGUGAAAUGUAGUUGUUCUUUGCCUCUUACUUUUCUUUUAUAGCCGGCAGUGAUAAUGCAGGCACAGGACAACCAAUCAAAACCAAAGAUAAUCAUUAAUGACCUUUUCUCUAAGGAUACUACCCUCCAAAGGAAUGAUUCUUUGUCACAACUGCUUGUACCUUUAUUGUAUUAAAAUGUGCAAAGGUUUAUUGAGGCAAACAGAAUUCGUGUUAUUUGCUGUUUAAACUGGAAAACAUUUCUCAGGAGAAAAUUUAUACCAGUCUUUCUGUUCUGUUGUUUUUAUCUCUCGGUUUUGUUUUGAGGAAUGUUUAAGAUCAAACUCCAUUUCUUUCAUAGAUUUGUUCUCAUGAGGUUAGAUAUUUACAUAUUUGUAAUGUUGCCCAUCGUGAUCUUUUUAUCCCCCGUAUUCUGUACAUUGAAAGUAAUAUAAAAUUCUGAC